CUUGCGUGGUCGCAAGUACUACAUCGUUAGUCCUUCUACUAGAGGAGGAUAUCCGCGACCACGACGAAAAGGUAGCGAAGGGAAGUCCAGGACCAGACGAAAGCGGCAAAGGGAAGAGACCAUGGGACGCCGGAAACAACAAUGGACAGUCGGAGCGGUGCAGCUGAGAUCGCCGAGGAUGAAGACGAGGAGAUUUAUCCCGGACAUUAUGUCCUGGGUAAAUCGCAAGCACGGAGAAAUUGAUUUUUAUCUCUCUCAACUCUUUACAGGGCAUGGGUUUGUCCGGAUUUACUUCGUCGAAAAAGGCAUCCUAGACGGCUCGCCAAAUUGCCCUGUGUGUGAACAUGAAGUGGAAGAUUUCGACCACGUAAUGUUCCAAUGUCCACAGUUUGCUCGAACCAAACACGAGAUGCAGCAGCAGAGCCACACCUGCUUGACGAUGGACAAUAUGGCAGCGGAAAUGUGUGCCAACAGCAAGACUUGGGGAGCAGUCCGGACCGCCGCAAGGACCAUCUUCAGAAACCUCCAAGUGAGAUGGAAUGAGGAAAGUCCACCUACAAACAGACGGAGAUGACAACAACGACGGCGGAACACGGAACAAACGGGACAGCAACAGCUACCGCCGUGACCGCACCAAAGGAUGACAACAACGGAAAUAGCAGGAGCUAACACCCUACCGGAAGUAGCGGCUACGGACGGGCGGAUUUGAGCAGCAGCAGCAGAAGGAAGGCACGAAGCAGCAGCAGCAGCAGAGACAACUAGGACGGAUGACGCAGUAGCAGCCUUGAAAAGCAGCAGCGCGUCAACAGGAUGGGUGCAUCCCCCAAACGUUCCUGCAUGGAGUACUACGCGCAUCAGCGCUUCAGUAGGUUUCGGAUCAGGUCGAGGAGUGGUUAAGUAAGGGUCUCAUCGGCUGCCGGGAAAAUAAAAAAAAAGAAAAUUUCCGGUCAUGGAUUUAUCCGGCGCUGCUCACGGCGGUUACGCGAAUGCCUGCUGGACGGAAAUCGGGAAGCGUCCUCAGCUAGCAAUGACAGCAGCACUAGUAGCACUGUACAGCGAGUUGAGGCCGUGGCCUGACUUCUUCAGAGCUAGCGAAAAGGCUACAUCGGGGCGUUGAUCCUGUCGGUACGCUGAUCUGUUGGAAGCUGAAAGAUGCAGAGAGUGGAAGCUCUGUUCCUACUGAUAGAGGAAUAUAAUUUGUAAGAAUUCUGAUUUGCCCAGACUGGGGCUUAUUUUUAUUUUCUUAUAAUGUUUAUAAUAGCAUACUGUUGCGAUUUGCCUUAGCUGCCCACAUAAAAACAAAAAACACACUCGCGGGACAUCGUUGUGGGGAGAGAGGUGAGGAAUUUUUCUUUGUUAAUUCCAACAAAACGCAGACAAUAAACUAUUCCGCUCCACAAAAAAGGCUAGCGCGUAUCUCAACAUCAUUGUUGUUACGCAUAUUUCAUCAUCAACAAGUGCGUCUGAGUCACGAAUGAUCAUCUCUAGAACUAGGUAGAGCUUGGUGAUGGUUGUGAGAGUUUGUAUGUAUGUAUUUAUCUGUCUUGUUGGAGUAUGGUGCCAUAUCUUUUGUAUGUUCCGCUAUCACUUCACAACCGUUCGCGAUACCAACUUUAAUUGAAGGUCGCUUGAAUAAUAACCUUAAAGAAGUAUUAAUGAUUUAACGCAAACAAUUGUUUGAUCACUGAACAAUAAAACACAAAAUCAAUAUGAGAUUGAUAGAGUAAUAUUAAUUAUGAUACAAAGAAGAAAACGAAUAGGACUGUCAUGGGGCGAUAUGAAUGAGGGAAACCAUCAUUCCUUUCGCGAGAGAUAUCCAGCUCAAUGCUUCUAUAAAACAAUCAACGUUCGCGAAAGAGCUACGUAACAUACGUUACUUGAAUGAAAUGAAUUUUUCAAUUGCUCAACCACCACAACUAUUUGUGGUAGAAUACUAAAAAAAGAAGAAAAAAUCUGUUGCGAUUAAAAAAUGUAUCCUUUCAUGCUGUUUAUCCAGAACAAUGAACCCGCUAAAGCUUUUGUUGAUAUACGAUUGCCAUAGUAACCAAACAGUAAAGUGACGCAUGCUUGUCGGGGCGCGUGUUAAUGUGCAUAUUUUUUCCGCAGCAAAGAUACGCGUGGGAUAGUUCCGGCAAGACGAUAUUGUGAUUAAAAAUAAGUAACAAUUUAAAAAAAAAUGUAAAUGAAUUCACAAUUCAAAAGCGGUACGGUAAACUAAAAGUUAAUGGUUGAUUAGUGAAACUUUAUGCUUUGAAGACACGUGCUGCUGCUGCAUAUGGAUAGAAAAUUAUACGCAACAUAGUGAUGGAACACUCGCGCCAGCAGAUAGAUUACACUGGGUGUGGAAAUGUGGAGAGCAGUGGCCUCCCAUUAACUAACCAGCGGUCGAAAGGUGCAGGCCGCUUAGUACGUAAAACUAGUGCUGAAAUAGUGAGUGAAGCUAAAAGCAUGCUAGCUGGAGGAGGUACCCGGUUGGUGUCAGCUCGCCGACCAAUAACACCACGUGAACCGAGGAGGCAACUAUACGGUCGGCUUGCUCCGCCGGGACGACCACCGAGUGCAAUAAAUUUGAAGUAUUUACAGCAGGGAACCCAUGCAUUACCCUCGCUAGAACCGAUACAACCGAAUGGUUCUGCAGCGUCAAUCUCCACACGGUCGGAAUCCGUUGAGGGAAUAAGUAGCAUAGGGUGUGACGGUGGUGGACAUAGUACAGCUGUGCUUGUAGGCAGAGAAAAGCUUCCGGCCCUCGUCAGUAUUCAGCAAAAGUUUUCUGGAUCAUUAGAAAACGUUACCGACUAUGAUAUCCAGGACGGCAAAUCAUUAAAGCAGUUGAAGAAAUCAGUGGAAUCUUCACAAACACAUAGCACAGUAAAUAGUAUUGUGAAGAAUCAUCCCUUGAAAAGGCGUCAGGUACAAUCGUUUGAUGAAAAAUUACCGACAGCUAUUUCAAUCACCGUACCAUCCGAUCGUAAGAAUGCGCUUGAAGAUCAAACGAAGCUGCUCAGAAGAAGUAAUGAUUUGCUUCUGCAAUCAUCAACGGAAUCUUUGCUGGAGAUGUUGAAAGCAUAUUCAGGAUUAAAAGAAUGCGAUGAAAGUACAGUGGCACAUUUAAGUGCGAUAUUACACGAGCUACACGUAAGAGUGAAGGAUUCUAAGGGCAGCUGGCGUGGUGCCGUAUUAGGAGCAUUGUAUGGAUUGGUCGAAGCCGCAUCGUCGAAGAUUUUGCUAUUGGUGGCUAGCAUAGUUUUGGCAAUGAAUGUCACUGGAAGCAACCUAACUGGUGCAUGUAAGCUUGUGUUCAAAAUAGCUCGUAAUGAAAAUAACGAUAAUUUAUUCGUCGACAGUGAUGUGCCUGAACUACUAGUUGAUGGACUUGGACGUGCGUCGCCCAUUGACGAUUCAGAGGCAUGCAUAUAUGGUUACGGCGCAGUAAGAUUUCUAACUGGUUCGUCAAACGGUUCCAACAAUACUGCGACGAUUAAUGGUACCGAAGUCGGUGAUAACUUACCGCAGCGAUCGUUAGCUGUUCGAUUGGCUAAACAAGGAUUAUGCCAACUGAUGGUGUUACAUUUGAAAAUGAUCAACGAAAUAGCAUCCACCAACCAACUGUCAGGAUCACCAUUGCACGCACUGUUUCAGCUCUCGGGUGCAUUGCGCACAUUAGCAGGAAAUUGUUCUAUCGUUGGUUCGCGCGUUUGUCCGCUAUCUGAUCAACAUCACUCGGGAACAAAUCAUAUGACGCUUAAAGAGGACGAAAAUCAAGAUAUAGCACAAAUCGAACAAGCUGUACCAUUGUUAGUACGCGCCGCCGAGAUGUGCAUCAAAGAGCCUGAAGUGCAAGCAAACAUAAUUCGUACUCUGAGCGUUCUUUCGGAACGAGCAGAAUGUUGCGAACGAUUGGCUGUUGCCGCUUCACGUUUGGGCAUAUUGCUUGGAUCAAUCACGCAAACUUGUCAAACGGUGGAGAAAGGUUUGGCCACAUGUAACCGUUUGGGAUACAUUCUGGGCAAUGUUAUGUCCCGCUGGGACACAGCGCGUAUCCAAUUCUACUGCUGUGAUGUGUCAUGUGAGGCAUUAUUAGCCACAUUGGAAUACUAUGCAAACAAGAGCUUCACAAUGAGGAAUCAAAUGGGCGACUCGAUCGUGCAGGUUUUGACAAAGUUAAUUCGAAUUGUAGCAAACAUGUGUGUGAACGGCGAUGUUGGCUACGGGAUGAGCAAACGGUCACCAUUGGGUGAAAUUCUUUUGAACAUUCUAUUGAAGGUGAAGGAUGCUAAGACAACAGAACUGGAGGAACUGCUGUUUGCAACGUUGGGUGCAUUGCAUAAUCUAUCGUACUACUAUGACCCUGCCGAUUCAGAAGGAACAGGACACAUGCAUCCUGGAAGCAUCGGGGAACGUAUGAAGGAUAUCUGCGGGAUAUUGUGUGUCAUUCUGAACAGCGAUCAUAACCCUGCCCGUUCGGAAGUGGCCCGUGUGCUUGGCAACAUGACUCGCAACACUACGAUACGUCAAACGUUCUGCGAGGAAAAUGGAAUGAAGAUUCUGAAGAGAUGUUUAACAUCAAAGCACGACGAGCUAAUGGUGACGUCUUGCGGCGUUUUGGUGAACAUGCUUGGCGAUUGGUCGAGCAGGGUUCCAUUUCGUGAAAUUGAUGGACCCAUCAUACUGAGACGUUUGCUACAGAAGGGUGUUAGUAACCGGGAUUGGAUUAUGGCUGGAAUUGCAUGCCAAGCUAUAUGGAACUAUUUGAUAGAUACAACAGACAUCUUGACAACUUUGGGACAAACGGAAAUUGACUUAAUUUGUGGUGACUUAGCUGAAGGGUUAGAUGAGGAAAGUUUGUUCGAAGGAAAGGAACCGGACAACUUUUGGGAAGAUUUUGCACCGGUCGCAACAGAUUUACUGGAACGUUUGCAAAUGUGUAUGUCGAACGGCAACUCUCCUUGUGUGUCGUCGGAUGAAGAAAUCUAAGGCAGAUGAUUUGCUUCGUAAACAAGCAGUGCAAUUGGAAACCAAAACGUAUAUAAUGUCUACAUUUAUUACAUUUCUUUGAAUAAAUUAUUCUGUAGUUACGAAUUAUUAUUACCAAUUAUUUCUACAAACGUAGAACAGAAAAGCCCGAUGUACUAUUUUAGUAAUAGCAUAUUCAUGGUUAUACUCAUAGCUUCUCCACUGGAAACGUCGUAAGACGAAGUUACAGUUUUUUU